AUGGCGAUCUCGUGGGAAUCUAUCCGGUCCCUCCUUAUCUUCUUUGGCCCUAUACUAUUACCAAAGGCCAUAUCAUACUAUCGAUCGGUCAAGGCCUCUUCGCAAGCACGACAUGCACCUAUAGUUGCCGUACCGCCCAAAGUCCGCGUUGCGCUCGCCCUCCUGGCCUUCUUAGUCAUUAGCUACAUCCUCAAGACAUUACCGCCGUUCGCACCCGAGAACCUGUUCCUUGCGACCCAAAGUCGUCUCCAGAUCCCGGUCGAUGUUCUAUUCAACCGUGUUGCUGUUGGAAGACCCGAUAAUGUUCUCACGAAGCAAGACGAAGCGCUGAGGGGCAGAUUUGUCAACCUCGAGAGCCGACUGCUAUACUUGCAAUUUGGUCCUGAAGUACUCGCGAACUGCCCGUUCUGCACUUCAGAAGAGCCAAAGACAUUCUUCUAUUAUGCCCUCCCGCAACUCCUGUGGCCUCAUAUCGCAAACCUGUUCGCCGUCGCUUUCGUUACAAGUCCAACAUUCACAGGGCGAGCUGGUUCCCAGUGGCGACCAAAGGCUACAAUGGCUGCCAUGACCAUUGCCGCUCUCGAUAUUUACUUUGUCAACUCUUACAACUACCAAGCCAAUGCACGUGCUCUGCGUCUAUCGGAAGUCGACUUCUUUUACUGGACUGCUCGAGUCGCACGCCUUGUGACCCUCGCAGCUUUCGACGCAGCUCUAGGCUGGCUUCUAUAUCUGUCUGCUACGAACCGCGCCUUCGUCGAGCCUCCAUCUCCCGUGGAGCGCAUCGAGGCAACCUCACGUGCUCUUCUUAUCAUGAAGAGCAAGCUUAGUGCUCUCGGCAUUGUCAAGAACACUGCGCUGCGCGAUGAGGAUCUUCGAUCACGAAGCCAUGCCUACUGGAGUCACGAAGUGCGUCUUAUGGGCGAGGUCAUGGAGGAAAGGGAGGUUGUGGAGGGAGUCAACGAUGCAUUGACUAAUCGCAUUGACGUGGCGACUAUAACGAGGGACGCUGAAGGAUAUGCACAGAAUGUAUUGCACUCCUUGCGUGGAGAAACGGCAGAAGACGAUAGUAUCUAA